CUCAGAUUCACCCGAGUUCCCAUCAAUGGAAGAUUUGGAUACUGCAGCUUUAGGACUGAUUAGACUACAAGAGAUCUACAAACUCGACCCAGAGGACAUCACAAAAGGAACUCCUUUCAGUGAGGAUGAAGCUUUCUAUUUGGGGAAAGUCGCCUAUCAGCAGAAGAAAUUCCAGCAUGCCUUUCAAUGGUUUCUGUACAGCCUGAAAAUGCUUAAUGAUCCAGAAUCCUUACAUUCAAUACAAAGUGUUAGCAGACAGCAGUUGCUAGAGUACCUGGGCUCCUCUGCAUAUCAUUUUGGAAGCCCAUCUGUGACAACUGACUCCAACAAGCUUCUUCUUCAUCUGGAUAAAAUCAUGCAGUUUGUGAAGACAGAGAGAAACCUUCUGAAGCUCUUCAGUGGCUAUAUUGAUGCUGAAAAAGAGAAUUUAAAUUUCCUCAAGAGCGAUCUUCAGACUCUUAAACUGCUCUCAGACUCUCAGAACCCUGAGAGAACCAUGAGUAACCCUGUAGAUGCUUACAGACUCAUCAGGCGACUGAGAGAAGAUUGGUUGUCUGUUUUACAAUUCACUCAAAUAAGUCACUAUAAGGAUUAUCAGGAAUGGUUGCACUCAGAAACACCAAAGUUUCCAUCAGAAGAGGAUUUGGAGGGUGCAGCUUUGGGACUGCUUAGACUGCAAGAAAUCUACAAAUUCUACCCAGAGGACAUCGCAAAGGAAACACCACUCAGUAAGGAUGAAGCUUUCUAUGUGGGAAAAGUUGCAUAUCAGCAGAAGAAAUUCCAGCAAGCUUUUCACUGGUUCCUGUACAGUCUAAAAAUGCUAAAUCAUCCAGAAUUCGUACUUUCAAUACAAGGCAUUACCAAGCAACGUUUGCUACUUUACCUGGGCUACUCAGCAAAACAAUUUGGCAGUCUGUCUGUGGCAGCCGACUUCUACCGGCAGCUUCAAUAUCUGGACCCAACUAAUGAGGAGAUUAGAAAUGAACUGAAUGAGAUAAACAGAACCUCUCAACCUAAUAUAACCUCACAGCCUGAUAUAAACACACUGAAUGCAACACAUUCAAGUAAUUCCUAUGAGGCAUUGUGCAGGGGAGAUGCUGACCAGAGGACCUCCAGGAGGCAGAGGAUGCUGUCCUGUAGAUACAGCACAGGUGGAGGAAACCCCAGACUGAUUUUAGCACCACUGAAAGAGGAGAUCGAAUGGGAUAAGCCCCGAAUCGUCAGAUAUCAUGACAUGAUAUCAGACAAAGAGAUCGAGAUCUUGAAGAAUCUCUCUAGACCUUACCUUUCUAGGUCUCAGACUGGUUUAGGCACAGUCUCGAAUAUCCGUAUUUCUCAAAGUGUGUUUCUGAAAGUAGACAACAUUGUGGUUGUUCGGGUCAAUCAGAGGAUUGCAGACGCUACAGGACUGUCUAUGGAAACCGCUGAACCUCUACUUGUUCAGAAUUAUGGGACUGGAGGCAGAUAUGAACCACAUUAUGACGCAGGGGAUGAUCAGAACGAAAGGAUUGCUACAUUUCUAAUUUAUAUGAGUGAUGUGGAGAUAGGGGGCGCCACUGUGUUUCCUAAAGCUGGAGUUGCACUGCAACCCAAAAAGGGUUCAGCUGUGUUUUGGUAUAACCUUCACAAGAAUGGUGAUUUGGAUUUUAGAACAGAGCAUGCUGGAUGCCCUGUCUUAAGGGGCAAUAAAUGGGUGGCCAACAAAUGGAUCCAUGAGUUUGGCCAAGAGUUUACAAGACCCUGUUCUUUAUCAAAAGGGAGUAAAAAACACAUUACAUUGCAGGAGAUGUAGCCCUUUUU